CACCGCCAUUAUACCAUAGAAGAAGAUUUUGGGCGGAGUAAACACUAAUGCCUCUUCCUAUGUUUGUCAACAAUUACCACUUCCACAAAAUUUUAACGAUACAGCUAAUUUUGAGGCAGUGGUAACCUUCCUUUCAGCAAACCCCACAUUUCCCAUCAGCCACCACAAUAUUCACAGGCGCUCCAUUGAAGGUAUUUCUCAUUUUGUACUAAGGACCAACCACUCAGUUAAACGUUAGAUUAAAAGCUUCGCAAUGUCCGAGCUUUUUAUGGAAUGUGAGGAAGAGGAGCUGGAGCCAUGGCAGAGACAGACACCCGAAGUUAAUUUGUUGGGCGACGGUAAACGUGAUGACGACGACGACGAACCUAUAUUUGUUGGGGAGCUUAGUACUUCAAAGGACACCAUUAUUAACACCAGACCAACAAACAACCAAAGAAAUGUGAAGACCACCCCAGUUCAAAGUGGUGGAGUUGGAAGACCAAGAGCCCCUAGGAUGAUAAUGACACACAACUCUCCCCAAGCUCAUCUCACUCGGGGUCCAGUUCCCCAUAACAUCAUAAUUCCUGGGAAAGGGUUGAACAAUGCACCUCGAUCCUUAACAGCAGUACCACCACAGCCCAUCAUUAUCAACAACCAGGGUUACAUUAUGACCACACCACAGUUAUCGGCCAACUCAGCUUUCCUUGCUUCCCUUGGGAAACAGUAUCCCCCUGGGACAUCUUUCACUGUGGUUCCGGCAGGCCAGCAGCACAUUCUGCAGCAGAUGACUCCAGCAGCAGGCCAGCAGCACAUUCUGCAGCAGGUGACUCCAGGGAAGCUUUUACCUGGGGUUAUCCACAGGCCUCAAGUGCACAUGAUCCACAACAACGUAGUGACCUUGUCCAAUGUGCAGGGUCCUGCUGCAUUGUCUUCCCAGCCCAACUGCUCAAAUUCUACCAACCUCCAGAUUGUGUCCCCAGUUAUUCAAGCCAAAGGCAACAGCUGGGACUAUGGCAAACGAGGUUUACCUCAAGACCAAAACAGCACAGCUAAAAAAGCAAAGCAGGGCAUAGGGUCUCCCCACGCCCAGGAGAUAUUAGAAAAUGGAGCACGUUUUUGUAAAAAAUGUCCAAAGUGUAAAUUUGAUUUCUACCAACAAGCUGUCAUGAAAGACCACAUGGUGAAAUGUUGUCCUCACCUGUUGGAGUGUGUCUUCCCCUCAACCCCAAAGUCUACUUACCUUUUUGCAAGCAAGCGCAUCAUGCUUGUCACAGACUUCUACUAUGGUAGAUUUGAGGGAGACAAACCAAAAUCGCAGCAGCAGAAGACCCCAUUUACCUAUAAGUGCCAGAGCUGUUUGAAAGUACUCAAGAACAACGUCAGGUUCAUGAACCACAUGAAGCACCAUCUGGAGCUGGAGAAGCAGAACAGUGAGAGCUGGGAAAGCCACACUACCUGCCAACACUGCUACCGGCAGUACUCAACCCCAUUCCAGCUGCAGUGCCACGUUGAGAGUGCCCACAGCAUGGUCGAAUCUUCAACAAAUUGCAAGAUAUGUGAAUUAGCCUUCGAGUCUGAGCAAGUGCUCCUGGAACACAUGAAGGACAACCACAAGCCUGGCGAGAUGCCCUAUGUCUGCCAGGUGUGCAACUACCGGUCUUCAUUCUUUACCGAUGUGGACACACACUUCCGUACGGUGCAUGAAAACACAAAGGAUCUCCUUUGUCCAUUCUGCCUUAAAGUUCUUAAAAGUGGUCAUGUCUACAUGCAGCACUAUAUGAAGCAUCAGAAAAAAGGAAUUAAUCGUUGCGGGAAAUGCAGGCUGAAUUUCCUCACCUACAAGGAGAGAGUGGAUCACAAGACUCAGCACCAUAAGACUUUCCAAAAACCCAAAGCUCUGGAGGGCCUUCCUCCUGGAACCAAGGUGACUAUCCGGGCCUCUCUGACCGGGCCAUCUCCCAGUUCCACCCAUGCUGCUGAAAAAUCCAGUGUCAGUGUCAUACCAGAGGUCUCAGGCAUGAAGGUAGCCAAAGUAAAAGCUCAGAGUAGUACAUCUACCACACAGGGCAGCAGUGGGGGUAAAGGCAAGGCCACAGUGAGCAAGAAGCUCCUUAAGCAGCAGAAGAACAACCAUGUGUUGCAGAGUCUCAGUAUUGGCGAAAGAAGACACACCUGCAUUGAGUGCUACUCUGAGAUUUAUGACUUCUAUAGUCACUAUCCCAUGGUUGCAAUUUGUGGUGCAUGCAAGUAUCGGACAAGUUGCAAAACUUCAUUUGGAAACCAUAUGAUAAGGUUCCAUAGUGCAAUCUCAAAAGAGAGAUUCCGGAAAAUGAGGAAAAUCCCAGUUGUCCUAAGGAAUUUAACCCUUGUCUGUCUGAACUGUGACUUCCUGGCGGAUGCGCAUGGAACUGACCUCAUGAGCAAGCAUUUGAUUGACAGACCACACCAUGUCUGUAAGGUCAUUCUAGAGAAAGGAGAAGGUGGUGCUGUAGAUGACGGCAUUAGAGGAAAUAAGCAAGGGAUGUCUGCUCUGAUGUUCCCUGAUAUCCAGAAUGCUGAAACUGCCACAGUGAGUGGCGCUUUUGAACAAUUGCACAGCAUUCCCAGAUUGGAGGAGACCUCCAAUGUCUUGUGUAUCACCCCAGCUGCUGAAAGAGGGGAUGGGCCAGAGGUAAUGCAUGUUCAGACCCAAGAGUCAGGAAGAGGUGAUGUUAUUCUACUAGACAACGAUGAUGCAGCAGUUAACCAGCUCGGAGUGGCAGAAGUGCAAGGGCUUCCACAGAUCUCUACAGUAGAUCAGAUCCAGGGAGUCACACAGGCUACAGAGCUAGAAACACCCAUGGAAAGUUCAGUUGAGGAAGACCAGUCUUUGCAGUCAGGGCCCAUGGUAAGUGAAACACUCAUGGAAAGCUCAGUUGAGGAGGAGCUGAGGGAGGAGUGGGCUUUGCAGUCAGCUAUCAGGUCCCCCUCUAGUUCUUUGGCCUGUGAGUAGAGGGGGAUGUGGCGUGUUUAUGAGUCAUUAAGCAAACCGGAAUCUGUGAGCUUUGACGACAGUAAGAAGGUCAGCGCUUCCCUGGAGACCAUCCCCUUAAAUGUAGACCAAGAGGUGAACAAUAUCGUGGAAGCAAAGGACAACUCCUCGUCCUCUCAAAGUCCAGCUGAAGUCAGGGCAGAGAACAAAGACAUUCUCUCCAGUCCUGAAACACUGAAGGAAUCAGCAACGGAGUAGAGAAAAGUGGACCGGAUGUAUUUUUAAGACUGCAUACUAUUGAAAUGUAUUUCUCUUCCCCAUUUUCUUAGUUUACUGUCCUUGACCAGAUGGAGAUAAGCUGAGAUGUGUUUGUUAGAUUUGACAUUUGGAAAAACAUGUAUCAUUUUUUUCUAACUGCAGUGCAAGAUUUUACUUCUGUCAAACUUUCAAUUUGGUUGUAAGCUUUCAAUGAAAGUGAAAAUGGUACACAAUGUGAAUAAUUUGACUUUCUGUAGUGUGUCUCAAAAUACAAAAUCUGAAUGUUUAUGCUUUCCUUGAUCGAUGAACUUGUACUCAAGUGUGAAAAAUCCUGGAAAUAUCUUCUUGAAUAUCCUUCCACUAGUAGAUAUAGGCCUUUUGUGUUUAUUUUGGAUACCUCUACUUCCAUUGACAUUUCAUUUUCAUUUCAUGUAUUUUUAAUAUACUAAAUGCAGCAAAAAAAGAUGUCAUCACUGUCAACUGGGUUUAUUUUCAGCAAACUUAACAUGUAAAUAUUUGUAUGAGCAUAAGAUUUAACAACUGAGACAUAAACUGAAAAAGUUCCACAGA